AUGCCGCCCAGGAGGUCUCAUACCAAGUCCCGGUACGGUUGCGACCAGUGCAAGAAGCGACGCGUUAAGUGUGAUGAACAAGGCCCACCAUGUUCCAAUUGCAUCUCAAGGGAGAUAGAAUGCACCUACUCCAAAGCUCCUGUAGCCCGUGGCCUAUCUCAUGCACAAGCAGGCCCAGUGCCCGUACAUAGCACUAAUACUAGUCGACACCCUGAUCAAAACUACUCACACGUAUCCGAUACACCUCCUGCAGGCUCUUCAAAGGUCCCCGAGCUGCGCGGUCUAGAGUUGAUGCACAAGUUCUCUACAGAAACGUAUCAGAGCCUCUGUAAUUCCCCUUCAGACUAUUACAGUUGGCAAAUGAUCAUUCCGCGACAGGCACUUAACCACCAAUUCCUCAUGAGUGGCCUUCUUGCAGUUGCUUCCUUGCAUAUUGCCUCCACCAUGGAUCCCCCCGGAGCGCUCACUUAUAUCAACACGGCUCUGGAGUACCAUAGCCAGACCCUCACAUCUUUCCGGCAUGCAAUAGAUGACAUCAACCCGGAGAAUUGCGAUGCCGUCUUUGCCCACUCCGUCGUUACCACAGUUCUUAGCAUCGCGCUUCCGCAGCUGACUACCAAGAAGGAUGACAGCCCCAGCAUGACCGAGAAUAUCAUCGUCGCGUCUGAGCUCCUCCAAGGCGUAAGCAAUAUUCUCAACAUCUGUCGCCCCUGGCUAAAGUUGAAGAUGUUUUUCUCGGGAUCUGGGAAGAAGUUUUGGGAAUGGUCAGCUGCGGCUCUGGACGAUGAGACAGAAGCAGCACUGAACAAUUUAGUCAAGCUGACAGAUGACAUGAAAGAUAACCCUGACCUGAAACGUAUUAUCCAAAAUGCGCUCGUGCUUCUCCGUCAAUGCUUUACAAGGUUCGCCCACAGCAAAGACAUAGCAUCCGUCCUUGCCUGGCUCGCCAGCGUCGAUAAGGAAUUUGUGGGGGUUUUGAGAUGCCGCCAACCGGUCGCCUUGCUGGUUUUGAUGCACUGGGGGGCAUUGUUACAUGAGCUUCACGGGAAAGUAUGGUGGGGUCGGAAUUCAGGCUCAGCAUUAGUUUUGGAGCUGCUAACUGAAUUACACCCCCAUCGCGCGGAAUGGGGAAACGCUUUCCUGUGGCUAAAGCAAAAGGUUGGCCUAGAAAGGCCUUCUUCUUCUGCCCGGCCAGAGGUUAGGAAUAAUCAUCAUCCUUACAAAGUGAUUCCGUGA